CUUUGUAACUGGCGAACUUUUUGUUUUCGUAGCUUAUCCAUCUUCUUUUAAACUUCUUGUUUUUCUGAGAAAGAGCUGUUAAAUGUUAAUGGCGAUGCUGAGGAACAAUUCAAAAAGAGCAGUGAGCAGCAAACAACAAGGUCUUAUGGCUGACAACACUACUUCAUUUCCAAUAUCUCCCACCAAAAAUCAUACAAGCCCACCCAUUUCUCCAAGAAUUUUCAAUGGAUUUUUCACCAGAAGCUUAUCUGAUGUAGUUGAAGCUGGAAUUGAUAGCCCAAAAUCCAUUCUUGACGGCAAACAAAUGUUCACUUUUGGCAACCCUUUUGGCUAUGAUAGAAACAACGGAAAUCCAUUCACUUAUAUGGACAGAAAGCAGCCAACUUUAUUAGUAGAUGAUAAGUUGAAAUCAGAAGGUAUUAAACUUGCUCUUCUUUUGAGUGAGGAAAUGGUUCUGUUUGGAACAACGCUUAAAGUUCAAAGUCCUGCUUCCCCUACUGAUUUUAGUAUCAAGACUCGGGAUUGUUAG